CGCGGUGCUCGAUCUUCAAGACGCUGGAUAUGAAUAGGCUGUUACACAGUUAAGGAAUCUAAAUAUAGAUCACGACGCAUCAAAACACAGGACAACAUGACAGGACACACAAGAAAUGCUUGUGGUAAUUUGUAAUUAAUCAAGAAUGAAUCUUCCAACAAUAAUGUAACAAUGCAAGUCAAAACAGGCGUCAAAUGCAUACAGCUGCUUGUUGUUUUUAUAUUUCUUUACUCGACUGUAAGCUUACAUUUUUCUCUGACAUCUUUACUGAGUGGUACAACGUUAUUAGGGUUUUUCUUUCUGAGAGUUUUUGAAAGAAUUGAUAGAAAUUCAAUUAAUAACCACACAGAAGUCACGAAUCCUUUUAAAGGGAAACCUAGAAUAAAACAGCUCCCUGUUGAUAACGCAGACGAAAUCGACAGACAAAUAUCAGAAUAUGUGACGUACGACGCAACUGAUAACAUCACAUUAAAGAAUUUUAAUGUGAUCAAAGAGAACACACCUUGUAUUUUUGCCAAGCGAUCUAAAAUUUGGGGUUCAAAAGACUGGGAAGAACAUUUAGGGCUAGAAGAAAACAUAUUCAGAUCGAUGCCAACUUUCUAUAAGUUUAUUCUGUCUUGUGAAAUACUUGGUUUAGAUGGGUUUGUAUUUGAACUACCUGGUGAAGAGUAUUGUGACGAUAUACAGAUCUUCGCGAAAAAUGUUAAACGUGUAUUAAAAGUUAUCUCCAAUAAUGAUCCGGGGCAUGGAAAAUCAUUACAAAAGUCAUAUAUAGGCAAGCGAGGCUGGGUGUUCGAGUAUAACAAAAUGACUAUGUUCAUAACAACAUUUGCUCCAUUUUAUCCAAGAACUAAUUCCCGGUACAGUUUUGGCACUGCCAAUGGUUUCAUUCUGUUUCAACCGGAACUAUCCUUUGCUCAGCAUGAUUUGCCACCCGAUACCCCGUAUACCGAUUGGAAUGAACCCAAGACCGUCCGGGAUAGAAUUCGAAUAGCCUUUAAAGAAGCCGACCAGGAAUAUAACAUACCAGAAACAAUAUAUUAUCCCAUGGCACAUGAUAUUGUUAAGCCUAUGAAACACGGGGACUCUCUGAUUGAAUGGUGGAAUACAUAACUUGAACUCGUCACCUGAACAAAAUCCAGUAAUGGACAUUGCUGCCACAUUUUUGGUAAUUUAUUAAAAUUUUAAUAAUAAGAUAUAUUUUCCGUACUAUUUUACAUAUUUAAUAAAUAUUACAUUUUUUUCCACUUCUUUAUUAACUUAUUAACUACA